CAUUCUCAUCAUACCACACUUUGCGUCCUAAGAAGCCGGUUCACUUUCAGAAUCGCAACUUUUGUUCACAAAGAUAGUAAUUCAUUAAAAUUGCUUUUUAAUUUUAACUAUUAAUAGUGCUUUCAAUUCAAGAAUCUCGAUCAGCAUUCAAUUUUCCUGAAAAAAGUGAGCGACGAGCAUUAAAAGCAGAUACAAUGGGGAACUGGGACAAUGAAGGCUCAGGACGGAGUUCUUCUGGCAGAGGCCGAGGAUAUAACUUCAAAGAUAGUGGAAGUAAUGAAAAGAGCAUGGUAAACUUCGAUGAAACCCCCAGUAACGAUGAUGGAUUCAAACCAUUAAAAAGCUCCGGAGAUGAUGAUGACGGUUUUAAACCACUUGAUAGCAAUGAUAAUGACAAUGGAGGAUUCAAACCCUCGUACAACCGUGAUGAUGACCAAGGUGACAGGAGAGGACGUGGCGGCCGAGGGGGACGAGGUGGCCGUGGAGGACGAGGAGGAGGCGGUUUUAGAAAUGACGGAGAUGGCGAUAAUGACAGAGGAUUCAGAUCAAAUUUUGACGGAGAACGCCGCGGUCGAGGAGGACGUGGAGGAGGCCGAGGAGGCGGUGGCGGCUACAGGAAUGACGACAGAAAUGACGGUGGCUAUGGAGGUGACAAUGACGGAUAUAAAUCCAAUUACAACGGCGAUCGCCAAGGAAGAGGAGGCGGCGGUGGCGACGAUGACGACAAUCCAUUCGGCAGUGGUGGCGGUGGAGGUGGUAAUCGUGAUGGAGACGAUGACGGAGGCCGAGGUAGAGGAAGAGGUCGCGGUCGUGGCCGAGGAGGCGGACGAGGACGAGGCGACAGAGACGGAGAUGAUUAUAACGGCGAUGGUGGUGAUCGCCGUGGAGGUAGACGUAAUUACGACAAUGAUGGCGACGGUGACGGUGAGCGUCGUGGAAGACGUAAUUACGACAACGACGGCGACGGUGACGGUGAACGCCGAGGUGGAGGCGGAAGACGUAAUUUCGAUGGUGACGGUGAAGAUGGAGAGAAGAAAGAAUUCAUCAACAAAGAAAUUUACAUCCCCCCAGAACCCGAACAAGACGAAGAAAAAAUGUUCGCCAACGUCAUAAGUGCUGGCAUUAACUUCCAGAAGCACAUCAAGGACAUCAAAGUCAAGGUGUCCGAGAAAGUGCCGCCACCAAUUGACACGUUUGCCGACGCCCAACUGCGAACACAUUUGAUGGACAAUAUCAAGAAAUGUAAAUAUGAAUCGCCAUCACCGAUUCAACGCUACGGAAUCCCGACCAUCAUGAAGGGAUACGAUGUGAUGGCUUGCGCCCAGACUGGAUCAGGAAAAACGGCAGCUUUCGUUCUGCCGAUUAUUCACAAAUUGCUUUCGGAUCCCGUAGACUUGGUGUCGGGAGAACAUUGUGAGCCACAAUGUUUAGUUGUAGCGCCAACGCGAGAAUUGGCGAUACAAAUUGCUGACGAAUUUCGCAAAUUUGCCAAUCAAUCGAUAAUUAAAAUCCAAACUGCCUAUGGAGGAACUGCAGUCGGUCAUCAGGCGAAGCUUCUCCAGAACGGAUGUCACAUAAUCGUAGGAACCGAGGGAAGGUUGAACGACUUUAUCAGCCGAGGUAGAAUUCAACUUGGUUCGAUUCGAUUCUUCGUUUUAGACGAAGCAGACAGAAUGCUGGACAGCGGAUUCAUGCCUGGAGUGGAAAAAAUGAUGGAUCACGAGUCCAUGGUGUCGAAGGAUAAUCGACAAACUCUGAUGUUCUCCGCCACGUUCCCCGACGAGAUUCAAAAACUCGCUGGCAAAUUUUUAAAAGACGAUUACGCAUUCAUUGCGGUAGGUAUAAUCGGAGGCGCUAAUAAGGACGUUGAUCAGAACUUUUACGAAGUACCCGGAAGAGAUAAGAAACCAAAAUUAAUGGAGAUUCUUAAUCGUGAAAAGGAAAGUAACACAUUGACUGGAACUAUUGUCUUUGUCGAAACAAAGAAGACUGCGGACUUUUUGGGCGCCUAUUUGUCGGAGAAUAAUUUCUCGACCACCACAAUUCACGGCGACAGGACACAAAGUCAACGUGAAAAAGCUCUCUAUGAUUUUAAGCGUUCGAAUAUGGAUGUUUUGGUUGCAACGAAUGUUGCUGCGAGAGGAUUGGACAUCAAGGGUGUCUCUCACGUUAUUCAGUACGAUAUCAGCCAUGAUAUUGAUUGCCACGUUCAUAGGAUCGGACGAACGGGACGUGUUGGAAAUAAGGGCCGCGCAACGACGUUUUACAAUCCUGAGAAGGAUAGUAAUCUGGCUGGAGCACUGGUCAAAAUUUUGAAAGAAGUCGAACAACCCAUUCCCGACUUCCUCGAAAAUUCCGGAGGUGGUGGUGGUGACUAUCAACCCAGCAGAAGUGACUUUGGAGCUCGCGAUUUCCGUAAUCAAGGUGGAAACAGUAAUUCAGCCGCUGCUGAACCAGAAGACGAUUGGUAAUCGUCGACAAAAAAGUGUGAUCUAUAUAUAUAUAUAUAUUACAUAUUCAAAUUUUUAUGAUUACCAGUAUUACUUUUGUUUAAAAAAUCAUUUUUUAGAGAAUAUAUAUUUUUUUAAUUUUCUCGUUUAAGUAAUCUCACAUUCACACAGACUUUAUUGUUGUUUAACAUAAAUCUCUAAUUACUAUCUGCUAGAGUAUAUUCGGCAAAUUAUAUAUUAUACAGUGUAAUAUUUUUUUACGCAAAAAAUUAUUAUUAAAAGAUAUUGAAAUUAUAUUUUGCCACCAAAGAAAACUGAAUUGAAAGUAAUAUUUAGCAAUAAUACUGAAAAAUGAACAAAAAAAAAUCGCCAUUUGCAAUGGUGUAAAAAAUUAUAUUUACGAAAAAUAGUGUUAAGUUUUUUUUUUACCAAGUUUCUUUUGUAAUAAAAAAUUGAACCGUAA